AGGUCGACUCGAAAAUCUUAGUCGACUUACUUUUGAGAUUGGAGAUACAUGGCGCAGUCGUACCGCAAGAUCGUGUGCACGGAGCUCUCGACCAACUUCCGCGCCGCGACGACGAUCGUGACGGCGCCGGUCGCGGGCCUCGUCGCCGCCGCCCACACGGUCGUCGUCAAGAACCACUACCUCGGCAUCAACGCGUCCGACAUCAACUUUACGAACGGCAAGUACCUUCCGGGCGUGACGCCGCCCUUUGACGUCGGCUUUGAAGCUGUCGGCGAGGUGGUCGCUGUCGGCCCCAAGGUCAAGCACCUCAAGGUCGGCGACGCCGUCAUGUAUUCGCUCUAUGGCGCGUUCGCCGAGUAUAUCGUCGUGCCUGUCAAGUUCAUCGCCAAGGUGCCACUGCUCUCGCCGUCCGUGCUGCCGCUCAACGUGUGCGGCCUCACGGCCUCGAUCGCGCUCGACGUCACGGGCGAGAUGCGGCAAGGCGAGGUCGUCCUCGUGACCGCCGCGGCCGGCGCGACGGGCCAGUUUGCUGUGCAGCUCGCCAAGCUCGCGGGCAACACGGUCAUUGGCACGUGCAGCUCCCAGGAAAAGAAGGACUUUCUUCUCAACCUCGGCUGCGACCGUGCGAUCGACUAUACGAAGGAAGACGUUGGCGCCGUCCUCAAGAAGGAGUUUCCCCGCGGCGUCAACCUUGUCUUCGAGUCGGUCGGCGGUGACAUGCUCGACACGUGCGUCGCCAACCUCGCGCGCCAUGGCCGCCUCAUUGUCAUUGGCGCCAUCUCGGGCUACCAAGACUCGAGCUCGUGGGACGGCAAGGCGGCGGGAGGCGCCGGCCCGCUCUCGACAGCGCUCCUCUCCAAGUCGGCGUCGCUCCGGGGCUUCUUCCUCAACCACCACAUGGCCCACUUUGGCGCGCACGCCAAAAAGCUCGGGCUCCUCGUGCAGAAGGGGCUUUUGGACCCGGGCGUCGACCCGACGCCGUUCCACGGCCUCGAAGCGGUCCCCGAUGCGAUCGAGUACAUGUAUGCGCGCAAGAACGUUGGCAAGCUCAUCGUCGAUCUCACGUCGACGCCGGCCGCGCGGCUCUAA